ACAUAAAUUCAGCAUCCAUCAAAAUCAAAACCAAUAAUAAAAUUAAAAUAAAAAUCGAAGUAAAAUAAACCCUCGCCGAAGAUCGGAACGGAGCGUUUUGGGAAGAAAACGUGGUAGUGAGGAGGAAGAAGAUGGAGCAACGCUUCACCUUCUUCUUCUCUGGUUGAUCCUUUCAUGGCCUCCUCUCAGGCCCAACAUCGCUGUGUCUUCGUUGGGAAUAUACCGUAUGAUGCAACGGAAGAACAGCUUAUUGAAAUCUGCCAGGAAGUUGGUCCUGUAGUUUCUUUCAGAUUAGUUAUUGAUAGAGAAACUGGGAAACCGAAAGGUUAUGGAUUUUGUGAGUAUAAGGAUGAAGAGACGGCUUUAAGUGCUCGUAGGAAUCUUCAGGGUUAUGAGAUUAAUGGUCGUCAAUUACGUGUUGAUUUUGCCGAAAACGAUAAAGGGAACGAUAGAAAUAAAGAUCAGGGUCGCGGAGGACCAGGAAUGACGCCAAUUGUUGACCCUCAGAAACAAGUAGGCAUCCCAGCUGUCCAAGGGGAAUCUGCUCAAGCUGCUCAACAUCAACCUAUUGGUCUUCAUUUUGCCACAACAGCCGCAGCUGUCAUGACUGCAGCUCUAGGUGGUGCUCAGACUGGCAUCCAAUCAAAUCAAAAUGGUUUGCAGAAUCAGUCAGCAUUCACAAAUGAUCCUUUAACUUCGCAUCUCGCCAAAAUGUCCAGGAGUCAGCUGACUGAGAUAAUCUCUGAGGUUAAGGGAAUGGCUACACACAACAAGGAAUUGUCCCGCCAGCUGUUGCUUUCAAGGCCACAGUUGCCCAAGGCUCUUUUUCAGGCUCAGAUAAUGCUAGGGAUGGUCACCCCUUCAAUGCUACAAAUGCCAAAUCUUAGACAAGUUUCAGAUCAAACCUCACAGUUAAUAAACGAAGGCCACAUAGGUCAGACUCAGCAAACAUUGGCUCAAAGCGUGGCUGGUCUACCUCCUUAUGGACAGAGCAAAUUGCAGUCUGGCUUGACACCUUACAUUCAAGAAGGCCAAGCCAACACUCUACCUCAUAAUUCUUUGGGUCCUAAUCAAUUAACCGCAAAUCCAAGGCCUCCACUGCAGACUAGAAUUCCCCUUCAACAUCCCCCAAGCAACCAUUUCGCACAGCCUGGAACAGGGCAGAAUAAUUUAAUACUUCCUUCCGUACGUCCCCUGACUUUGGGCAGUUUGUCUGUUAGGCCUCCAAUUCAGCCAGUAAAUUCAUCUGCAAUGAACCAGCAAAUGCAUGGCUCUUUCCUUCAGCAUCCAGUCCAUGUUGGAAGCUCAACUGUCUCACAUAAUCUUCAAAUGGUUCGUCCAGAUGCAAGCUUUCAGGCUGACCCCUCCAUGUCAUCUGGUACUUCCCAAUUAUUUAGUAAGGAAGGUGAUAGAUCUUCCAAAGCUCCUGAGGAUUGGACCAAAAACAGUAGUAAUUAUUCAAACAUGUCUGCGGGAUUAGAGAAUAUAGGCAUGACUCGUGAUAUUCCAGAAUCCUUCAAUCGCCCAUUAAAGCUCACUAGAUUGAAUGAUGGAAGGAAAUCCUCUCUCGCAUCCGGGACUUCAGACGUGCCUGUCUCCAACGGAUCAUCUCAUGUUCCUGGAAGUAGCUUAUUACCUGCACCUGCAGUUCCUAAAGCAGAAGUGCGGCACCCUGACCAGCAAUCUUCACAGCUUCCAUCUGAUGUGGAGUCUGUUUUGCUGCAACAAGUACUGAAUCUAACACCGGAGCAAUUGAGUUCCCUGCCACCAGAGCAGCAACAACAGGUCAUCCAACUGCAGAAAGCUCUUAAGCGAGAUCAGAUGCAACCUGCAUAACAAACAGGAGCACACACAAUUCAAAUAUGCAGCAGCUAUUUACUUCAGGCGAAGGUGGUCGGUCCGUUUUGCCUAUUCAAUUUCCUGAAGAUGGUUUUGCAGAAACUAAGUCUGCAACUUGUAAAUUAGCAUUUGAUGUAGAUUAGGUUUCGAAAUGAUAUUCUUUUGAAUAGUAUUUAACUUUUUUUAUUUAGCAUUUGUUGAGAUGAGGAGCUCUAAUGAGCGAGUGUACGAAAUCAUUAGAAGAGAUAUACUGUACAAUAAUAAUAAUUAUGCUCAUUAAAAUUUUGUUUA